ACGGGACGGUACCUUUUUUGCUACAUUAGAUCACUAGACUGGCGCGUAAACGGUACUGCUUUUCGUGCCGCUACGUUUAGAGUGAGGAAAACGGAACUGACAUCUGAACUCUAAUAAUUAUAUAUAGAUAAAAACUGAUGAUGUUAAUCGCGGAAUUAAUUGGGAUUUUUAUAGUUGUUUUGAUUAUUGUGUAUACUUAUUACAAAUAUGUGUUAUUCAAUUACUGGCGUAAAAGAGGUAUUUUUUAUAUCGAACCUGUGGUGCCAACUGGUAAUAUUGGAGACAUAGUGACUAAAAAAAAAACAAUAGGCGAAUUCUUGCACGAUGUCUAUUUAAAAUAUAAGGAACAUCGUGUCGUUGGAAUAUAUACAUUUUUUAAACCAAAUCUGAUAAUUACUGAUCCUGAUCUUAUUCAAAUGGUGCUAACAAAGAAAUUCAAGAAUUUCCAUGAUCGCGGAGUAUUUUGCAACGAGAAGAUUGAUGUACUAUCCGGUCAUUUGUUUGCACUGUCCGGGAAGAAGUGGCGGAAUUUGCGCGUCAAGUUGACACCCACUUUUACUUCAGGAAAAAUAAAGCAAAUGUUUGCGAUUAUGAAAAUGUGCGGCGAUGAAUUUGUGAAAAAUCUGGAAAAUAUGAUUCAAAUAGGAGAUUCAAUCGAGAUAAAAGAUUGGUUUGGAAGAUAUACAAUGGAUAUAAUUAUGUCAACAGCUUUUGGAGUCAAAUCCAAUUGUAUAGAGGAAAAAAAUAAUCAGUUUUCAUAUUGGGGAAAAAAGGUCUUUGAAGUACAUACCUUUCGGAACGCUCUUUCUUUGUUUAUGCCCCAAAUUUUGAAUUUCUUUUCCAUUCCUCUUUUUAACCGAAGUAUAGGAGAGUUUUUUGUGAAACUUUUUCGGGAAAAUGUGGAAUAUAGACAACGUCAUAAUAUUAUCAAGCAUGAUUUUAUGAAUCUACUCAUACAACUUAUGGAGAAGGGCUACGUUGAAUCCGAUGAUAUAAAGGAUAUCGAUAAAUCUUGGUGACCCAUUUUAACUUAGGCAGCCAAAUAACUCGAAAAAUAAGCACACUACG